AUGCCCCGGGGCUUCCUGGUGAAGCGCAGCCGGCGGCCCACCCCCGUGUCCUACCGGGCGCGCUGCUGCCGCGAGGCCGCCGCCGGCCCGCCGCUCCCAGCGCUGUACAGCCCCACGCGGCCCGUUAGCAGGGACAAGUACCUGGAGCGCGGCUUCAGCCUGGGCUCGCCCGUCUCGGCCGAGUCCUUCCCCGCGCCGGCCGUGCCCGGCACCAUGGACCCGAUCCUCUUCGCCCCGGCUGACCUCAAGCUCUGGGCCGCUGCUGGCCACGCCGAGCCGCCCGCCGCCCACCCCGGCCCCGGUGGAGCCCCCGCGCCGCCCGCCCCGGCCGCGCCGCCAGCCUCGGGCCGCCCGCUGCCCGCCAAGCGCCCGCCGGGCGCGUCCGAAGCCGGGCGGCAGAAGGCUCCGUCGAGCAAGAAGACGAAGGCGAUCCGCAAGCUGACCUUCGAGGACGAAGUGACCACCUCUCCCGUGCUGGGGCUGCGCAUCAAGGAGGGUCCGGUGGAGGCGCCGGCCAAGGCACGGGGCGGCUGCGCCCGUCCGCUGGGCGAGUUCAUCUGCCAGCUCUGCAAGGAGGAGUACGGGGACCCCUUCGCGCUGGCGCAGCAUCGCUGCUCCCGUAUCGUCCGGGUGGAGUACCGCUGCCCCGAGUGCGACAAGGUCUUCUCCUGCCCCGCCAACCUCGCCUCCCACCGGCGCUGGCACAAACCGCGUCCACCCGCUACCAAGAGCGGCCCCGAGGCGGGCCGGGCACCGGCCGCGGGCCCGGGCUCGGCCCCGGCGGAGGAGACGCCGAAGGAGGCGAGCGGCGGCAGCGGCAGCGAGCGGGACACACCGAGCCCUGGCGGAGCCUCGGAGGCCGGCUCCGAGGAGGGGCUCUUCGAGUGUCCCCGCUGCGCCAAGCGGUUCCGCCGGCAAGCCUACCUGCGCAAGCACCUGCUGGGGCACGCCGCACCGGCACCCGCACCGGCCCCGGCACCCGCACCGGCCCCGGAACCCAGCGCCGAGGAGCUGCCUGCCUCCGAGUGCCGCCUCUGCCCCGUCUGUGGGGAGACCUUCCCCAGCAAGAGCAGCCAGGAGCGGCACCUGCGCCUCCUGCACGCCGCCCAGGUCUUCCCCUGCAAGUACUGCCCGGCCACCUUCUACAGCUCUCCCGGCCUCACCCGGCACAUCAACAAGUGCCACCCCUCGGAGAACCGGCAGGUCAUCCUGCUCCAGGUGCCGCUGCGCCCCGCCUGCUGA